AGAGCCGCAGUCUGUUAAAUUCGUUCCACCAAAAACAUCAAAAUUAUAAAGAUUUGUUUACCUACAUAAAUUUUCAAAAUGGUUGCUGCCAUCGGGAUAGAUUUGGGUACCACGUACUCUUGUGUUGGCGUUUGGCAACAUGGUAAAGUCGAAAUUAUCGCCAAUGACCAAGGAAACCGAACCACCCCCAGUUAUGUGGCUUUUACGGACACUGAAAGGCUUAUUGGGGAUGCCGCCAAAAGUCAGGUCGCCAUGAAUCCAAAAAACACAGUCUUCGACGCAAAAAGAUUGAUCGGAAGGCGCUUUGACGACCAAAAAAUCCAGGAGGACAUGAAACACUGGACAUUCAAAGUAGUAAGCGACAGUGGCAAACCAAAAAUCCAGGUCGAAUACAAAGGGGAGACCAAAGUCUUUGCCCCGGAAGAAAUCAGCUCGAUGGUCUUGACCAAAAUGAGGGAAAUAGCUGACACCUACUUAGGUGGAAAAGUAAACGAUGCAGUUAUCACCGUACCAGCCUACUUCAACGACUCCCAACGUCAAGCUACCAAGGACGCUGGUGCCAUAGCGGGUUUAAACGUGCUAAGAAUCAUAAACGAGCCCACGGCAGCUGCUUUAGCCUAUGGCUUGGACAAAAACCUGAAGGGAGAAAAAAAUGUUCUUAUAUUCGACUUGGGUGGUGGAACCUUCGACGUGUCAAUACUUUCCAUCGAUGAAGGUUCAUUAUUCGAGGUUAAGUCUACUGCUGGCGAUACCCAUCUAGGUGGCGAAGAUUUCGACAACAGGCUCGUAAACCACUUCGUUGAAGAGUUCAAACGCAAGUGUCAUAAGGAUUUACGUGGAAAUACUAGGGCUUUGAGGCGUCUGAGGACUGCUUGCGAGAGGGCAAAGAGGACUUUAUCCUCCAGUACCGAGGCCAGUAUCGAGAUUGACGCUCUUCACGAUGGAGUCGAUUUUUACUCCAAGAUUUCCAGGGCUAGAUUCGAGGAACUAUGCAUGGAUUUGUUCAGAUCUACUUUACAACCUGUGGAGAAGUCUUUAAACGAUGCCAAGUUGGAUAAAGGGGCUAUACAUGAUGUUGUUCUCGUUGGAGGUUCCACAAGAAUCCCAAAGGUUCAGAAAAUGCUCCAGGACUUCUUCUGCGGCAAACCCCUUAAUCUUUCCAUCAACCCUGACGAAGCCGUGGCUUACGGUGCCGCCGUCCAAGCCGCAAUCCUCAGUGGCGAUACUAGCUCGCAAAUCCAAGACGUGCUAUUGGUGGACGUUGCACCUCUUUCCCUUGGUAUCGAAACUGCUGGAGGCGUGAUGACGAAAAUCGUUGAAAGAAACUCAAGAAUACCAUGCAAACAGCAGCAGACCUUUACAACUUACUCUGACAACCAAAAUGCUGUAACCAUUCAAGUUUUUGAAGGAGAAAGAGCUAUGACGAAGGACAACAACCUUUUAGGUACUUUCAACUUGACUGGUAUUCCUCCAGCACCAAGAGGUGUUCCAAAAAUCGAAGUAACAUUUGAUCUGGAUGCCAAUGGUAUCCUCAAUGUUUCUGCUAAAGAUAGCAGCACUGGAAAGUCCGAAAAAAUCACAAUAACCAAUGAUAAAGGUAGACUCUCCAAAGCCGAUAUUGAUAGGAUGCUAUCGGAAGCUGAAAAAUAUAAAGCCGAAGAUGACAAGCAAAGGGAAAGGAUUCUUGCUAGAAAUCAAUUGGAAGGGUACAUAUUCAGUGCCAAACAGGCCAUAGAGGAAGCUGCUUCAGACAAACUAACAGAAGACGAUAAAAAAAUUGUUCAGGAUAAGUGUAGCGCGGCUCUAUCUUGGCUGGACGCCAACCAGCUGGCGGAAAAAGAAGAAUUUGAAGAUAAGCUGAAAGAAUUGCAAAAAGAUUGCGCUCCAAUCAUGAUGAAGAUGCACCAAGGCGCCCAGGGACAAGGGGCACCACAGGGAGCGCCAGGAGCCCAAGGGGGGAAAGGACCAACUGUUGAAGAAGUAGAUUAGAUACAAGGGAAAAUUUUUGUAAUAUUAA